AUGGAUAUCGACGACAUUCUCGCCUCUGUUUCGAAUACCGAACGCAUACCACAACGGACUGCAGAUUUGCAAGCAUUGACAAGAGCUUGGGUUGCUGAGAGAUGUGCGCCGGAGUUAUUGCCAUAUCCUGAGGAGUUGAUUGAUAGGGUUAUGGAUCGGAUAAAAGUGCAGAUUGAGACGGUAGAAGACAUGACAGGAACAAUGGACCCAUCCGCAAACUUCAACCUCAUCAUAAUCCAAACCGAACUCGAGCGAUUCAAAUUCCUGAUCCGCUCAUUCCUACGAGCAAGAAUAGCAAAACUCGACAAAUACCCCCACCACCACCUCCCCUCCCCAAAUCUCAGCGCCACAGAAUCUCAAUACCUCACCCAUCGCGUCAGUCUACUAUCCCACCACUUCUCGACCUCGUUUUUGGGGUCUUUUCCUGCGCAGUUGCAGAAAUUGGAUGAUACGGCGGGAGGGAUAAGUAUGGUGGAUGGGCCGGAUGUGGAUGCUGCGGUGUUUGUGAGGGUGCUCAGGGAUGCGGGUCACGUGGAGGUGCAGGGAGAACAAGGGGUGGGUGUUGUGGAGUUGAGGAGGGGUGAUGUUUGGUGUGUUAGGUGGAGUGCGAUUAAAGAGGCUUGUUUGAGGGGGGAUGUUGAGAUGGUUUAG